AUGGCUCCACCACCACUUAUGGAAGAUGUUCAAGACGUUUUCCACUUCCACGAUACAGUUGGAGAUGGAAAAAUAGCGGCAAAUCAACUUCCAGCAGCUCUUCGAGCGAUGAUGCUCAAUCCGACUGAAGCUCUUCUUGAAGAGUUAAUCAAAAAAAGAACCGGAGGAGCACGAAUUUCAGUGGAGGAGUUCAUUCCAAUUUAUAAGAACGUGGAGACUGCAUGUGGAAGAAACACCACUCUCAAAGAGUUUCAGACUCUGUUAUCGCAUUUUGAUAGAGAUGGAAACGGCCAAAUCCCGAUCGUCGAACUUAAAAGUAUGCUUCAAAACGGAGGAGAGAAAAUGACGAAUCAAGAAGUGGAAAGUCUACUUUUUGGUGUGGAAGUGGUCGACGGAAAGAUUAAUAUCAACCACUUCUUGAACAAUCAUCUCCAGAUGGGACUGCAGGAAGCUGAAAAAUAA